AACGCUGUCUUCAUUAACUUUCUAUUCUGCACUUCAAGUUGAAGCAGCUUUGGGCUAUGUAGAGUGACGACAAGUGCUCUCUAAAUUUGAUAUGCACUGAUCGUCGAGUCGACCCCCCAUACUCAGGAUGGAUUGUGACAGCGACUCUGACCUCGACUCGCUCUUUGACGAAAUAUUCCCAGAAGAUACCCAAAAGGAUGCAUCCCCAUUUUCAAGCUGUACUCCAAAUACCUCACAUUCACAUACCCCACCAGACGGCGCCUCCACAUGCUUGAAUUUAGCCCGAAUCACUGUGCCGUCUAUACAAGGACUAUAUUUCGAUCCGUCUAUAUUCAUACCUCCCCAGUGUGCCGCCGACUUGAUGCAGAACUGCAUGACCCAGUAUUUCAGCAAAGGAAACGUCAAUCAGGUCAUGUUAUUUGAACGAGCCUUGCAUGAUUUCACGAGUUUAUCCACAUCCGGCGUAGGAUCAGUCUCGACUACUACCGAACCGAAUUCUGCUGACUCUGGAUCCAAGCUCCCACAAUUCCUAACUUCCUUUCUCCAGGUCCUCUCCGUGCUCCUUCGUCCUCUCCUCCCAAAUGCCACCCACGCCCUACUCUUCCCAUCACCUAACACGCCACCUCAAGCAAGACAAGUGAUCAUAAAUCAUUACUUGCCUGGGGAAGGUAUCACACCACAUGUCGACCUAUUGGAUAGGUUCGGCGAUGGGAUUAUUGGAGUGAGUUUAGGGAGUGGAUGUGUUAUGCGAUUUCGUAAAGUUCGGGGGACGACGGUCCCGGAUUACCAUGACAGGGCUGGUGGCACCGGUGAUGGGGAUGGUGGGGAUGUGAAAGGGGCGGCGGAGGAUGUAGAAGAUGUCUACCUGCCUCCAGGAAGCGUGUAUGUCAUGUCUGGAGAAGCACGCUAUAGAUGGACGCAUGAAAUUGAAGGUCGGAAGGCUGACUUGAUCCAAGAACAUCUGGGCGAUGAGACUGGUAUUUGGACAGAUAGAUCUAUACGAGUCAGUAUCACGUUCAGAUGGCUUCUGCCAGGCGCAGACGUUGUUGGAGUACCAGCGACUAACGAAUAGACAAAAUGUAAAUCUGAUAAUCAAG